CAAGGCCUUGAUUCAGUGGUCAAAGAGUCGACCAUGGAUCUGUGGCAGAUGGCGAAGGGCUUCGCCGAGGAGGCGGCGAAGCGGUCGCAGGAGAUCUCCAAGGAGGCCGCCAGGCGAUCGCAGGAGCUGACCGUGGGCGCUGCAAGGUUCUCGCAGGAAUUCGUAUCCGAGACGGCCAAGAAGUCCAAAGAGAUCGCCGCCGAGGCUGCCAAGGGGGCUGACCUUAUCCGCUCAGAGGCCCUUCGCGCCGCUGACCAGAUCAAGACCCUCGCCGUUAGCAUGCCCGUUCCGUCAAUUCCCUCUACCCUUAUUCAGGAAUCCGACGUGGCAGCUCCCCCCCAACUCGAGUCAGAGCUUGAGAAGUUUGGGAUCACCAAGGAGCUGAGGGAGUUCGUGAGGGGAAUCACUAUUGACACCUUCAGAGAUUUUCCAAUGCAAGAUGAACCUGAGAUGUCAGACACUCCAACAGUGUCAAAUGUGAGGCAGGAUCUUAACGAAUGGCAAGCAAGGCAUGCUGCUCUUCUUCUGUCAACAGUGGAGGAAAUAUCAAAGUUCAGAUACGAACUAUGCCCUCGCUAUAUGAAAGAACGGAAGUUCUGGUGGAUAUACUUUAUUAUUGUUAAUAAUCAUGUGGCACCCUACGAAAAGCAGUACAUGGAGGAGUCAAAGAAGAAAGCAGAAUUAAAGGUAAUUGAUAAUGCAAAGGAAAAACCCACAAUUGCCCUAGAUACUCCAGCAGAAGCAAAAGAAACAAAACUACCCAAGGCUACUUCAUCAACUCCAGAAGAUUUGGAUGCUUUUCUUCUAGGGGAUCAUGGAAGUGAUGAUGAAGUUGAUGCUCUAUAUGAUGGCGAUGAAGGUUUGGAUGAUGAUUUUGAUAAAAUUGCCAGCAAUUCGGGUUUAGAAAGUGACAGUGAGAAAAUCUAAUUAGGCGAUACAUCGCCCAAGCAUAUGCAAGCAGAUCGAGAUGGGAUGUUUGCUUGCUCAGACUAUAACAGUGCAUCACAGAAUGUAGAAAUAUCCAUACUCCUUGUACUGAUUGAAUUUUUUCCUCCAUUUUUUUGUGUGGAUUUUAAUUAUAUUUCAUUAUUGUGUAUAAUAAUCCUCAUAGAUCAUUCUUGUUUUCCUGCCCAGAUACUUACAAUUAGUGUGUACUAUUAAUCAAUAAUAGGAUCUGUUAUUGAAUUAAAAUUGUAUUAUUUUA